ACUGCCGCUCUCCACCGAAAGCUGUCAAUUACAGGUUAAUGUUGUUAUUAAACAGUUAUAUAUAUAUAUACAAAUAAAGUGUAUAUAUAUAUAUAUAUGUAUAUAUUUACAUGAAUAUAAUCUCACACGCUGUGGCAAGCACUGUCUAUUUAUUUAUUUAUAUAUACAUGUAGCUAUAUAUUUGCUUAUUCGCUUUCGAAAGACUUUUUUUCCCCUCUUCCCCGCCAGAGUUUGUCUCGGUGUCGUCUACAGAAACUCUCAUGGAUCCUCGAGAUAAUUCCGAUUUAUACGAUGGUGGAACGGUUAGUGUAUCUACUGGGGCCAGUCGGUCGACCACUGGUGCCAGUAGUGAAUCAGUGUCCAUUUCGGACCGUUCCAUGCCUCAGCAGUCUCCGAGUACCAGCUCAAAGGAGAGUGCUGGUUCGCCUUCCAAGUCACUCUGUUCCUCCACAUCCACAUCUUCGGAAAAUGUCCCGGCAGCGACCACCGCAAACGUUGCUCACAGCGCUGUUUUAUCAACUUCGGAACCUGCCACUGUCAAGCCUCACCGGGACACACUUAAAUAUGGGCAGUCUGAAGAACUGCCACUUUAUGAAGGCGAAAAGAACCAAGGAAUGGCUCAUGAUGUCACUUAUCUGUGCCCUUACAGUGGGGCUGUAAAAGGAACCUUGACUGUCACAAAUUACAGACUUCACUUCCGAAGUGCUGAAAGGAUGCCAGGUUAUGAAGGCAUUCAUCACUUGUAUUCAGAGCAGACAUUGCUUAAGGAUUCCUUUUUCAUUCUGGAUGUCCCUCUUGGAGUUAUCUCCCGUGUUGAGAAGAUUGGUGGCGCUACAAGCAGAGGAGAGAACUCAUAUCGAAUUGACAUCCUCUGUAAAGACAUGAGGAAUUUGAGAUUUGCCCACAAACAGGAAAACCAUUCUCGGAGACAAGUCUUUGAGAAGAUUCAACUUUAUGCUUUUCCAAUUACCAACAAAUUUCCAUUGUUUGCUUUCCAAUUCAAAGCUAAUUAUGAAGAGGAUGGAUGGUCUAUAUCUGACCAACUUGCUGAAUUUAAACGCCAGGGUAUACCGAACACUUGGCGAAUCAGCCGUGUUAACGAGAACUAUGAGCUGUGUGAUACAUACCCAAGUUUGCUGGUUGUUCCCAAAACGGCUUCCGAUGAGUAUUUGCGUCAUGUUGCUGGAUUCCGUAGCAGAGGACGUCUUCCAGUGAUGUCAUGGAUCCACCCAGAGUCGCAGGCGACCAUCACUCGUUCCAGCCAACCUUUGGUCGGAGUCACUGGCAAGCGGAACAAAGAAGAUGAACAAUACAUUCAGAUGAUUAUGGAUGCCAACGCCCAGUCGCACAAACUGUUCAUCAUGGAUGCUCGACCCAGUGCAAAUGCCAUGGCCAACAAGGCUAAAGGAGGGGGAUAUGAGAACGAGGAUGCUUAUCACAAUGCUGAGCUGAUUUUCUUUGAUAUUCCUAACAUCCAUGUGAUGAGAGAGAGUUUAAGAAAGUUAAAAGAUGUCUGUUUCCCCAACAUCAAUGAGACUCAUUGGUUGUCCAAUAUUGAGUCAACACGUUGGCUGGAUCACAUCAAGCAAAUUUUAGCCGGCGCUGUUCGUAUUGCUGACAAAGUGGAAUAUUACAAGACGUCUGUGUUGGUUCAUUGCAGCGAUGGUUGGGACCGAACUGCUCAGCUCACCUCUCUUGCAAUGAUUAUGCUGGAUCCGUACUACCGAACUGUGAAGGGGUUUGAACUCCUGAUAGAAAAAGAGUGGCUCAGUUUUGGACAUAAAUUUGCUCAAAGAAUCGGGCAUGGUGAAGACAAACACUCAGAUGCUGACCGUUCUCCUGUAUUUUUGCAGUUUAUUGACUGUGUGUGGCAAAUGGCCAAUCAGUUUCCAAUUGCUUUUGAAUUCAACGAAUACUUCUUGAUUACCAUCAUGGACCAUCUGUAUUCCUGCCUCUUUGGAACAUUCUUGUACAAUUCGGAACAACAACGAGUCAAAGAGGAACUGAAGACAAAGACCCAUUCCCUGUGGGGUUACAUCAACAGCAGCGUGGAGGAUUAUCUUAAUCCUCUCUAUGCCACUUACCUAGACCAACAUGUCUUACUACCAGUUGCAAGUAUGAGGCAGUUAGAACUUUGGAUUGGAUAUUACUGCCGAUGGAACCCAUGCCUAAGGCCACAGGAACCAAUCCAUCUCCGGAAUAACGUUUUGCUGAAGCUGAAGAACCAUUUGCAGAAGGAGUACGAGAGUCUCAUGAAGGAACAGGAAAGCAGGAACGCUCGCGGCACCAGCAGCAGCAGCAGCAGCCAGGCUGUCAAUUCCACAGCCUCAAUAUCUUCGAGUUCAGCUCAGAGGGUAGCAUCUCCCGUCAGCACCUGAGACUAACGAAACGGUCUCCAGAAACGAUUUUUAAAGAAUAUAUAGAAAAUGCAAAAAUAAAACUAAAAAUUAUGUGUAUUGAAGUAUAAAAAAAA